CACAAAUCCAGGAGUUUCUCAACAAAUAUUUCUAGGACACCAGAAAAUGGUACACUUUGACUCAUCUUUUACGCCUUCAACAUACCUGAGUGAGGAGAAGCGAUCAGUGAGUGUCUUCAGUUAUCCAUGGUUCAUAAUCGAGUUGGUGGUGAUGGUGGUGACGACAACUGUGAUCAUCGCUGUGUUUAUGAGAAAGGAACAACUAUCUGAAUUCUUCAUGGAACAUAUCUAUUUGGAGUAUAUCAUUUUAUCAGUCGGUUUCCUCCUGUUCUUUCUCUGUGUAUUCGUCAGACAAAUCCGUUCGAAAUCUCUUUCCGUUUGCAUAGUGCUUGAAAUUGCGGUUAUACUGUGGUCUGUGUGCUUGGCUUCCGUCUUGCCAUCCUUCGACAUAACGUGUGUAUUGGUAUCACUAGCUCUGACGGUUAUGAUAACAAUUCUAACAGUCGUGCUGGCUUCAGAACUGCCACCCUUGAAUCUGAAGGGAGUCAUCUUCUUCGCUUCUGCAUCAGUCAUCUU